UUUUUAUAUAUUGUAUAUACAUAGUAAACUUAUAAAUAUAAAGAAAUCUCUAUUUAUUGGAUAUUGGGACUUAGAUGCGUCUAGGAAUGAACUAGAGUUUAUUAACACAAUGAAGUUUGUUAAGAAAGGAAAACAGCAGGUUUUAUCAGGAUGCGAAAAAGGUUUGGAUAAUGUUCUUCUCAGAGAAAUCAACGAUCAUAGCAAGCGUCAACUUAAAAAAAAACAUUUACAAAGUAAUCAAAUAGAGGAGCAGAACGCCAGAGUCAAGGAAAAUGGAAAAAAAGACUCGCCAGAUGCAAAACAUGGUGAGACACAGAAAUGUCGACCUGAUUCUCCCGGACUUGAUCUAAGUAUAUUUCAGCCACGCGGCAAGCGCAAAUGUGUAAUCCAAAACGAAGGUAAAAGAGGAAAAGAGGAAGAAUGGUGGAGUGCUGAUGAUGCCGAUGAUUGUCAGUUAAUUCAAAAAAUAGAUUCAGAAGGAGAAGAUCGUGCUCCAAAAGCUCGCAAAACGAAGAGCCGUACUAAAAAGCGUGUAAAGAAAAAUACAGAUGCUUCAAAUGAAGAUGUUAGUUCCCCAGCAUCCUCUGAUAUUCAACAAACCUAUCGGUGUUAUGUUUUUUCAACAGGAAUGGCAAACCGAGCAGGUCACGCUGUUGAAAAAGGACUGUAUUCAACUAUUGGUGAUUAUCAUGCUGCUCAAAAAUGGGACACACCAUACUUAAAUGCAGAAACUCAUUGUAGACCAUUUAUUCCUAAUCUUGAAGAUGAGGAAAAAGAUAAAGAAUUAAAUGUCGAUUUGGGUAAUUCAUCACCACUGCAUAGAGUUGAUGAUAAUAACACUUCUAUUAGAGAAUCAGAAGUUUUAAGAGAGCGUCGUAAUAGCAUAGAAAUAUGGCAAAGGGAACAAGAUAUGGAAGCUGCCAAACAGAUGAGUUGUCUUGCCAAUCACACAUCUGUUAGUGUGAGCGAAUCGUUCUAUCCAAGUCUUGUUUCAACAAGCUCUCAAAGCAAAACUUUAAAAAAUAAUACUGAAAAUGACACACCUGACUUACAAAAUGUGUUAAAUGUUAAGACAGAGGACGAAAAAAGUAAUGAAAGCAACUUACCUGUUUCAGCGUUUACUGAAGUAAAACCUAAACAAGAUUGUAAUAGAAAAUUAGAAGUUUCUAAUUGUCACCAAUCAAUAUUAGGUCCUUUGCAAAACUAUACAAAUGUAAAGUCUAAUUCAUACCCUGCUGAUGUAACAAGUCAGGUUUGUUAUCAACCUCCUAAAGGCUUUUUUCAGCCUCAUGAUGUUUGCCAGAAUACGAUGUAUAGUUCUGUUCAUUCAGUUAGGUCAGAAAACGGAAAUAGACCAAGUGUCUUAAAUAUGUCUAAUAAUCGUAAAGACGUUAAGGCGUAUGAAAACGGACUUAUACCUGAAAAUUCCUCAUUAAUAAAUACUCCCGUUGAACCGAGACAUGUUGAUCAACCAAUUAUACGGAGUACUUUAGAUGUUGCUGAAAAAGCUUUAAAAGAGUCCAGAGGAGUGUCGAUGUUAAAAUCAUCUGUUCCCAUAUUACCGAGAGAUGUUAAUCAUUCAGCGUUUAUGUCACGUCAAUCAAUGCAUCCUCAACCGGUAAUGUUUAAUUACUCUCAUAAAAUGCCUAUUCAUGGACGGUUUUCUCCGCCUAUCUCGAUGCAUUUACCUCCAGUUUCUAUCGCUCCGUCUGUAACGUUACAUUCGCGCAAUGCGUUCGACCAUACUCAAAUGGCGCGUAGUUCUCCAAAGAUGCAUCACACGCUUAAUCAUAUAAAAACACAGGAUACACCUAACGGUUACGACCGUGAUGUUUCGUUGAGCGAAAAGUACAAUUAUCUAGCCGCAUCGUUUAAUAGUAGUCGUCAUCAACAUUCUAGUGAAAGACCAUCCUCAUUACCAAUGCCCUUAUCAUCAAACAGAAUAGAAAAAAAGACCCCUACAUCAUUUUCCGUUGAAAGUUUAACCGGUUUGUCAGAAAAGGAUGGGACUUCAAUAUUUAAAUCUAGAAACGGUCAUGAACGUAUUAAAGAGAUUCAUAAUUCUGAACGUUUACAUGAAAACAUUCAACAACAUCCGUCUGACAGACAGCUAGACAAUCGGUUGGAUCGAACUCAUACUGACCGUGAAUGUGUAUCUAAUCCAUCUGAUCGUUUAAUUGGACCAACAGAUCGAAUGCAUAUUCCUGGUGGUAUUCAUAACGGACUAAAGCGCUCUUUAGACGAGCGAAUAAUCGAACGGUCUUACGAUAAGCAUUCAUUUGAUCUUUCGCGCGGGAAAGAUCGUUAUAUGUUUGAAAAGGAGCGUUUUAACUUUGAAAAAGAUCGGUUUUACGAUAAAGAACGGUCGUUUUUGCAUCAUAAUUUGCUGCUUCAAGAUCCGCGUAGCCCGAUGCAUUUAUCUUCACCUUUAUUUUUACCAAGAACGUUACCUAUUGAAACAAAUUCUGCAUUUUCUCACCUGCAUAGAUCUGAUAUUCGACAUUUGUCAGCUCGAUUCCCAAGUCGAUAACCUGUGUAUAUAUUAUUAAUAGUUGUGAGGCUUAUCUUUUUGUAUGCUCAAUUUUAUUUCCCAAAGGUUGAUUGUGUUUAUUUUUUUUUAAAUCAUGCUUUUAUGAAACAGGUAGGAAUAAAGGCGAGAAUUAUUUGC